CAUUUUAUAUAUAAAAGGUAAGUUUAGAGUUUUUUAGAUAUCACUUCUUCCCAGCAAUUCAGUUCAACCUUCAAAAAUGUUUCAGUUAAUUUUCUCAUUUGGGAUAUUCGCCAUAGCUGCUUCUGCCCGGCUGGAUACGCCAUACUUACCCCCUUUUUCUCGACCUUUUGGUAGUGGCAGCAGCUUUUCUGGAUUUGGUCAACCACAUAUACAAAUAGUGCGAUUUGACAAUAAUAAUAAUGGAGAUGGUACUUAUAACUAUGUCUAUGCCACAGCGAAUGGAAUUUCGGCACAAGAACAAGGGUUCUUGAAAAACGUUGGUUCACAAAGUGAAGCUCAAGUGGCGCAAGGAUCGUUUUCCUAUACUGCUCCUAAUGGUCAACAGAUUGCACUUUCUUAUACCGCGGAUGAAAAUGGUUUUCAUCCUCAAGGUGCCCAUCUUCCAACACCGCCGCCUAUUCCAGAUGCUAUUUUAAGGUCUCUAGAAUUUAAUCGUGCAGAAGAGGCUCGAGGAGGUUAUCGUGGAGAUGAUGGGCAAUAUCGUCCACAAAGUAGUUACGGUGUUCCCGGAUUUUAUCAAGGUUAUAGAUAUUAAGCAUUUCUGUUUUAUGCAUAUU